CAGUUCACUGCAGUCGGUAUUGUGCAGUGAGCAGUGUCAUGGCGGCGCGGCACGAUGACGAUGACAGAUAGUACUUUUCUCAUCGCCGGAACGACACAUAAAAAAAACGGCAUGUGGAGCGGAUUACGUGCUUGUUUGCGGGGUGUGCCGUUAUUCAUUGUCGUCGGUAUAUUUAUGUUCUUUACGAUCCUGAUAUACUCCGAUAGACUAAAAUGGGAAAGUGCAGAGGACAAACUCCAGCAGCUGGCGAACACAGUAAUAGAACAAGGACAAUCAAUCGACAACCUCCAGCGUACCCUAACAGACAGAGUAAACAUAUUUAGCCGCAAUGCCCCAACAAUAUUCGCCAUAACUCCAACAUUUACGAGACCUGUCCAAAAAGCGGAAUUGACGAGAGUCGCUCAAACAUUUCUACAUGUUCCGAAUUUCCACUGGAUAGUAAUAGAGGAUUCCAUCACCAAAUCGGAGUUGGUCAGUAAUUUCCUACAGGAAAGUGGCUUGGUUUACAAACACCUCAAUAUCGUUACUCCCCCAAAUUUCAAAUUGGGGAAAAAUGAUCCGAAUUGGAAGAAGCCGAGAGGCGUAGCACAGAGGAAUGAGGCGUUGAAAUGGUUGAGACAAAAUUUUAAUUCCUCUCAUAAUGGGGUUGUUUAUUUUGCUGAUGAUGAUAAUACGUAUUCUUUAAAAUUAUUCAAGGAGAUGGCGAAGAUUAAAGUGGUUGGUGUAUGGCCAGUGGGUUUAGUGGGUGGUUUGAUGGUAGAGCGACCCAUCUGCGAUCCAGCAACAAUGAAAGUAACGGGUUUCAAUGCUGCAUGGAAGCCAGAGAGAAAAUUUCCCUUAGAUAUGGCGGGCUUCGCCAUUAGUUUGCGAGUGGUGCUUGAAAAGAAGGACGCGUGGUUCUCAUUCGAAUCGAAAAAUGGAUAUCAGGAAACCGAGAUACUCGAGCAGAUGGUCACGAGGGAUCAGCUGGAGCCAUUGGCUGAUUGUUGUACAAAGGUGUACGUCUGGCAUACAAGGACUGAACCACCCACCUUGAAAGAUGAAAAUCGACUGAACAGAAAAGGAAAAAAGUCAAAUGUCGAUAUUGAAGUAUGAGCUUCCAUUUCUUCGAUUAAGAGUAGAUUAAGAAUUACAAAGAAAAACUAUUUUUCAUGUUGUGGCAUUUGAUUUAAUUAUUAAACUAGGAGCAAAAUUAAUCCUGGUCGAUUGAAAUUGAAAUAGGAAUUGAGAUGUUAACGGGCCACAUAUUACAUAAGGCAUAUUUUCAAUAUUUGAGACCUCCCUCUCCUCACAGAGUCAUGUAUUACGUUACAUAAUCCAUGACUUUGGCGCUGUUGUGACGAUUUUUUUUAGUUUUUCCAUGAAAUGAUAUUUAUCUAAUAAUAAAUAAGUGGAAGCAGUUCGUAAAAUUGUUAGUAGAACAUUUUCUAGGAAAACUCACUCCGUAUAUGAUAUUUCUUGAAUCCUCGGUGACUUCUGCAAAUGUGAAUCUCUUGAAUAGUUUGAGCAGUUAGUUUCCUCGAUUAAAAAUGCCAAAAUAUAGUGCAAAUCAUAAUUAACCAACACAUCAUCUU